AUGGCGGCCGCGGCGCGCGGCGGAGCGGAGCGGGUCGGCGGCACGGUGCGGCCCGGCCUCACCGGCCGCACACCGACUCUGCUCGGAGUGCGGCGUCUCGAGACGCGGGCGCGGCGAUCGAUGCGCCCCAGGAUCGUCUCGAUUAGCGGCGCGGCCGGGAUGAAUCUGGCGCGGCCGCCGGCAGCGACACGUCGCCACUCGUACGUACCACCGACCUUCCAGGAGCAGCGAUGCAAUCCUCACAACAACCCCUUCUUCAAGGAACAAAUGAUGCAGGCGAUGGAGCAGAUGAACAUGCAGCAGCAGCAGUUGCAACAACACCAACACAUGCUGCAACAUCAACAGCACCAACACCAGGAGCAUCUUCAUCAGCACCAGCACCAUCCAGCUCAGCAGCAUCACCCGAUGCAGGCGCAGCACCACCAACACCAACACCAUCAGCAGAUGCUACAGCAUCAGCAACAGCAGGCCAACUUCUUCAUGGAGCGGGCGCAGGCGCCGCUGCUGGCCUCGGCGCCCGUGCCGUGGCAGCGCGGCGCGGCGCCCUGUCGCGCCUCGUGGGAGGAGGCGCGGCGGCGGCGACAGGCGGCGCGCGGCCGGCGGCGGCUCAGCCUGCCCGGCCGCUCGUCGCCCUGUCCGAACGUGGACGUCCGUCAGCUGGAGCGCCUCUCCCCGCCCGUGUGCUCGUCGGCCGCGCCGCCGGCCUCCGUGCACCAGGCCGGAGGACUAGCCAUGCCGAGCUUCCUGGACGAUCCCAGCGGCUACCUGGCGCAGCAGACGCAGCUGCUGAACGAUACGAUGCAGGAGGGACUCAGUCCGGUGCCGCCGCCGCCCCAGCAGCCGACAUCGACGGCUCACCCGCAGAUGUCGAUAUCGACAGCAGUGUCGUCAGCGAUGUCAGCGUCGGCGGCGGUGACGACCAUCACCACGUCUGCCGCGACGCACGCAGUGACGGAAACAUCCACCGUACCCCUGAGCGUGAGGACAGCGGAGCCGGCUGCGGCGGCUGAGCCUCCCGCGCCGCCUCCUGCGCGGCAGACAUCACCAUCACCUCCGCCGCCGUCGCCGCCGCCUACUGAGACACCUGCGGCGUCCCCGCCAGCGGCCUCGCCAGAACCGGCGCCGUCACUGGUCGCGUCACCGCCGCCUCUGAUGGCUCCUGAGGUUCCGGUCAGCGAGGCGGCUGUAGAAGAGCCCUCUCCCGCGCCAGCUCCAGUGCCAACCCCGCCGCCGGCCGCGACCAGUACGCCAGUGUCCCUCCCGGCGGCGGUGACGCUGGCGGCUCCCGUGGAGGCGCAGGCGACCACAGUGGCGAUGGAGACAGCGCCGUCAGCGCCGAUCUCGGUGCCGUCAGCGCCGAUCUCCGCGCCGACCCUGGCGCCGGCGGCCUCCACGGCUGUGCUGUCCGGCUCGGCCCCGUCCUCCAUCCCGCUGCCGCUGCAGCUGCCCGUCUCGGUCUGCAUCCCGGUCUCGUCGUUCUCGAUGACACCGGUCUCGGUUUCUAUGUCGGUGGCCCUGCCGCUGGUACAGGGAGCCGUCACUAGUGUGCAGCACCCGAGCGCGGCCCGCAGUGCGCCCGGCCGGGUGGCAGCGUCGCGCGCGGCCGCCCCGCCGCCGGUGCGGACCUCGGUCACCGCCACACCGACUACCGUCAUGGCGACCCCGCGCGCACCGUCCGCGACGCGGCCGUCGCCGGCGUGCCAGCCGCGGCGCGCCACGCCGCCGACGCUGGCUCCUGCGCCGCCGCCGCAGCAGUACCAGGUGCUGGGCCAGCCGGAGCUGCCGCUGGUGCAGUCGCUGCCGGCCGGACAGAUCAUUCUGCCGUCCGGCCAGGUGAUCCUCACGCAGCCCAUCCAGCCGAUGCUGCAGUACGUGAACGCGUUCCCGAUGCAGAGUCCGGUGCUGCUGCCUGGCGGCGGCCUGCUGCAGACGGUGGAGGAGCCGCGGCCCGUGGCGCCGCCGCCGCCGCCGCCCACCUCCGGCCGCCGACGGCGGCGGAAGCCACAGGAGCGCUCCGCCACGGUGGCCAGCAUGCUGCGCGGCGCCGCGCCGCCGGCCGCCGCCGCGCCCGGCGUCAUGAACGGCCUCCCGACGUUUGUGGUGGGCGCGGCCGGGAAGCCGCUGGUGCUGAGCUCGGGUCAGCCGGGUGUGAACUUCCUGCAGCCCCUUCUGCUGCCCGGCGCCGGCGGUCAGGUGUUCAUCCAGAACAUGUCGAUGGGCGCGCCGCUGCUCUCUGCCGGCUCUGUAUUCCCGGUGAGCGCAGCGCCGCAGGUGGCCGGUGGCCAACUCCUGCAGGUGGUAUCGGUUCUCGGUGACGCGGCGGCCCCGGCGGCCCCGGCGGCGGCGGCCGCUCCGCUGGUGGCUGCGCCGCCGGCCGUGGUCCAGACUCCGGCCGACUCGAGCACGCCGGACGGCGCCGGUGGCUGGCCGGGUCGCGUCUCACCGCCGCAGGAAGCCGGCCUGGUCAGCUCCACCGUGGAACCGGCCGACUCUGACACAGAGCCUGAGGAGACGGGCCGCGCGGCGCUGAAGAGGAAGCGGCCUCAUCCAGACGAGCCGGCACAGACGCCGGGGUUCGCUGUCGGAGACCUGGUGUGGGGCUCCAACCAGGGGCUAGACUCGUGGCCCGGCCAGGUCAUCCAGCGCACUGAUGUGCAGCCGUGUCCCGCCGGCCACGUGUGGGUUCGCUGGUUCGGCGACCACACCAUGAGUCUGCAAACGGUGGCGUCGCUGCGCAAAUUUCACACCCACAACACGGCCAAACACAAAAAGUCACACGCGCUGAACGGCAGCUUCGAGGAGGCGCUCCAGGAGGCGCUGACGGCCGUCAACCGACAGCGCAACUAGUAGUUGGCGAUCCCGUCAACAGAUGGCAGCUAAUGCAGUGACCCAAGCCGUACAAACCCGAGUCGACCGGCCACGGGACUCUCUAGUCGAAACAUGGGAUCUGAUUAUGAUCAGAGCGCCUGAUGGCCGAUGUUGUUUUCCAUACUCUUUAAGAGUUUAUUAUUUGACACAGCGUCUUAGUGGCGCUCGAACACUGUAUCGUAUUCGGCCUGAAUAGGUGCUCGGCGCUCGCGACCGCUCUUCUGCGCGCUAUCGAACGUUAUGUGAGGCGCCCGGUGGAGGGCGACACGUGACCUCUUCCUUUUAGUGCUUUCAGCUGUUUUAUUUGGUAGCCGUUUGAUGGUGAUAUGUUGGUGCUGGCGUGCAGCGGCGCCCGAGACAGCCGCCGGCCAGUCAGCCCGAGUACAACGGUGUAGCCUGUGUUAGCCGGCGCGUCGCCGGCCGGCCGGCCGGCCCCAGUCUUGUUGUCGCCUGGAGGUGUUUAAUGUCGGGAGCCAGCUCUCCUGUCAGUUCCACUCAAAGUGGCCUUAUCAUGUUGUUAAAGGUCUAUAAGUGUGAGAGGCGCGGCGCGCGUGGCCCCGCCCAGGGGGCGCUGUAUGGUUGUGGGGCGUGUUGGCCGGGCUGCUCCCCUCCCCCUCCCUCCCAGUACCCGCUCGGUCCGCCAGUCUCGCCGGCGGACCUUCACCAGUGUUCGGAAUAACAUGCUAAAUCGAUCAGAGAGCCGGCCCCGAGCCGGCUGGCGUCGCUUCGCACUAAUUCUGUGUUGAACGUCCAACAAAUAGUAUUAUGUAUGUGUAGUCAUUGUUGGAAUGCGUGCAUGCGUGUGCGCGUGGCGUUGUGUAGUGGGAGGGUGACGAUUCAAGUGUUACGGAGCCGAUACUCGCUAGUAGCAGUAAUAUACCUAUCGCCCAUUCAAA